AGCGUCGAAAAGAGGGAGAAUAGGGGUCAAAGUCAAACGGUAACGAAGCUGCGCUCAGUUGUCACGGCUUCGCUGUGCCAGGCAGCCGCAUCGAGUGCAUUCGGAAUCACAGCGGUUGCAAUUGCGUUUCGCGAAUCGUCUGAAAACACUCGGAACACUGCAACAGGUGAACAAUGACUCCAUCCGUCGAAACGUCGCCAGUGAAGAACCUGGAAAAGCUGCUGAUCCAUACCCUCGGCACGGACUUUCAAAUAAAGAGCCUGGAAUGGAAACCAUUGACAGCCCCGGGAGAGAACUUUGGCAGCAUUAUGCUGGCCAUUAACUUGAUAGUAACGCGGGCUAACAAAACGCAGACCCUGAACCUCGUUGCCAAGCUGCCACCUACUUCGGCGUAUUUGUUGGAUCUGUUCAACAGUCCAGUGACAUUUCGUAAGGAGCUGCAAGCUUACAGCACGAUGAUGAGGGAGCUCGAGAAGCUCCAAUUAGAAAGCGGAGUGAACGAGAAAAACCUGAGCGUCGUGGCACCAAGAUACUUCGCAGGAAGACUGGGUCUGCGCGACGAGGAUAUAUUCGACGAGCAGGCAGUGAUCAUUCUGGAGAACCUGAAAUACAAUGGUUACGACACUGAAGACAGAAUACACGGACUGGACAGGAAGCACGUAAAAUUCGCGCUGGACAAACUGGCCAAGCUACACGCUCUGACCAUAGCGCUGAAGAUCAAGAAACCCCAAAUCUUCCAGAAAAUAAUGCCGGACGUGUUGAAGGAACUUUUAAGCGAGACAUCGGAGAAAUGCGUGCUCGAUAUGAUUAAAAAGGCGCAGGCAGACUUAAAGGACAUUCCGGAGGCAAAGCCGUACUUCGACCGCAUAGAUAGAACCAUUGAGUAUGGUAUACAGUUGAAUAAAAACUCUAGAGAACCAGAGGAACCAUGGGCGACGGUGGUGCACAAUGAUUUUUGGGUGAAUAACAUGAUGUUCAGGCACGACGAACACGGGGAGCUGAUCGACAUGAAAAUCGUUGACUUCCAGUUGUGCCUCUAUGACUAUGGCGCCAAGGAUCUUAUCUUUUUCCUCAUCUCCAGCGCGAACAACGACAUUUUGAAGAACGAACUGGACGACAUGAUCGACUACUAUUACACCUGCUUCGUGAAGUCUUUAGCGACACUGAAGGUGGACACGGAGAAGUUCUCUAAAAAGAAAUUUGACGAGAUCGUGAAUUAUUGUGGGCCAAUCAAGUUCAAUCAGUGCAUCAUGAUGGCGCAGGUGAUCCAGGCACCGAAAGAGUCUGCUCCAGAAGUGAAGGACGUGAAGGGUGACCCGUUCUCGAACCGAACUGCCGAUGGCGUGUACAGGCAGAAAUUGUUGCAAAUUGUGCAGCUGUUCGACAAACGAGGAUGGUUAAUUAUAUAACACACGGCCCGUUUGUUAUUCUAUUGUUAAAGAAAUUGUUAUUGAUGAAUAUUAUUUUUGCACGGGAAUAUUUUUGAAGUACAAAUUCAGGGACAACGAACGCAUGCAUUAUGCGUGCAUUGUACUGUAUUAUUGAAAAUUGUAAAUUAUAUUUGUAUGAAUGUUAGUGUACAUAGAAAAUAUUAGAGAUAAAUAACACGUGAUAUCUAAGAGUUGUACAACUGCAAGAGAAAACCAAAUAUGACAGUGAUUCUUUUUAACGCUUUUCCAAGCGUUAAAGUUAUAUACUUUUAUAUAAAAGUUAUAUAUAUAAUGAAUAAUUAAGAAGUAGUAUUUUCCAACGAAAGUAAUUUGUUAACCGCAACUAAACUUAUCUAAUCGGAAAGUGCUUAGGCAAUAUAAUUGCUGCAUAAUCAAUACUGUUAUGUAAAUUCAUAAGAGUCUGCAGUAAUUUUGACGUUUAUGGCGGCAUAUCUCUUACGUGGCGUUAAUUUAUACAAUCGUCAUGUUCUACAAGUACCUACUUUGUGGUCUAGUGAAAUAGAGAUGUCGGGAACGAAAUCUUGUUUUGUUUUUCAUCGACAGAUGCAAUCUGAUAACAGUGUACAUUUUAUGUAACGCAACGGUGAAACGUAAUAAUUCUAACUGCUAUUCAUUCUUGAUUUAAACAAUGAACAGCAUACUACAAUUGACUUCCCAGUUAAACAGAAAUGUUGAAUACUAAUAUCAUACAUCGAGGACAUUGUUUACAGAAUUGAUAUACAUAUAAGAUUAUAUAUAAGAUCUGGACCAAUAUUUUGAUUUGCAGGGAGUAGUUCAUAGCACUAAACUUUACAAGCCGUAAAUCAAUUAAAAUUGAAAUAUAAUUAUGCACUGGUAUUGUAGAAAUAGUAUGAACAGAAGUAUGUAUAUAUUUGUUUAUAUACA